GCCUUUACGGGGGUUUGGCACCACAUGGCACAUAAGCAAAGAAACCUACAUACAGACGUACACGCCUUCGCUCUCUCAGGCUUCCCCUCCAGUAGUAAAACAACUCUCGUGUUGUAUGUAGUACUGUGUCCCGAGUGGUCCCGGCGUUUGUUUCCCCGCUUUUUUUUCUCAUCUUUUGCUGUGCAUUUCAGUCUCACAGGAGAAUCAGCCGGAAAUCCUCGAAAAAACUUAGAAGAAGAAGAAGAAGAAGAAGACGAAGGAAAGCUGCCCGUUCUUCUCUCUAUCGCGGACCCGAUCUUUGAUAAUCUUUCAGAUGUGACCACAGGCUAUCUUUCGGAGGUCUGAGGCGAAGGAAGUGACGUGACCAAAAAUAUUUCUACUUUAUAAGUUCUCCCGAGAUUGACAGACACUAUGGGAUCGAUUGGCAAUUUUGCUGAUGAAUUUUGGAACAAUGAAAUCGGUGACUUCGCGGGAUGGGACAUCGUGCACCAACGCAUCAAAGAUGGAGGCAAAGUUACUCAGAAUUACAUCGAACUCCUCAAACAAGUAACAGCAGCGAUGGAGACAUUCGGCAGAUCUCUAAUGAAAACUGCGAAGAGCAGUUCUUUGCCAGAAAUGGAGCAUGGGAAACUGAAGAGCGCUCUGCAGACAGCAAGGGUUAGCGUGGAGGCCUGGGGCUUGGAUACCCUUGAUGCUGCGGCCGCGUUAUCUGGACAGAUCAACUCGCUUUCUCAGCAUCUUACUCAAGCUAAGGGAAUGCGCAAGAGGGAAGAUGAGGAUCUCAGGAACCAACAGCAGCAGCUGAGUGACGCCAUGCGUAAAGUUAAACAAGCUCAGAGGACAGCGCAGACCAAACUGAAGGAGAAGAUGGAAUGUGAGAGUCACAGAUUCGUGUUGGAAUCGAAGUACGAUCCGAAACAAAAAGACGUUGAGAAGGCAACUCAAGCGGAAAAACGUGCGGAAGACGCUGUCUUGGACGCCGAAUUCCACCAUAGGGAAGUCGUCGUGAAACACAACGUGGCACUGGAAGAAUGGAAAAUGGUCACCAGAUCUUCACUGAACGCUAUGCAGGAUAUUGAAGAGGCUAGGGUUAAGAUACUCCGAGAUUCGAUGUGGUCAGUGGCUAACGUGUGCUCAUUAUUGGCUGUUCAUUGUGACCAGCAUCAAGAAAAUGUUCGGACGGCGUUGCUCAGCGUUGACGUUGGUCAAGAACUCAACUCGUGGGUGGCUUUGAAUAGUACAAAACAGAGACCACCCUCUCCCUUAGUCUACCAGCCUGUCCAGAGGCCGAGUCAUCUUUCCACGCCUAUUUCGACGCCCGCUAACUCCGCCCGUUCAACAGUCACAGAAUUCGACGGAAGCAGCACCAGCAGAAGUAGAAGUGGAACCGCCACUCCGGAACCUCUCCACGACGCAACGGUGCUGUACCACUUCGGAGCCAGGAGCGACAGCGAAGUGUCACUGAAAGCGGGCGACACCGUCUCCGUCUUGGACGAUUCGAACGAGGAGUGGGUCUACGUUCGAGACAGAAAGGGCGCCACCGGUUUCGUACCCGCUACUUACAUUAGGGCACUACCUCAAUAGGAUACGGUCCCUACGCUCGAAGUUCCUUGCCCUGAGUAGCAUUCUGUGACCCCAAACUCCAAGAUAUUUGUUGAUCUGACUUGGCAGUCUGUGCCCUCAAGAAUCUGCUUUUGUUUUCAAAGUAGCUGUCCACAGUUUUGAAACUGAAAGAAUGAAACAUAUCCCUUGUCACUACUACGUAAUUCCAGAUAUAUUUGCUCACUUCAGACGCCCUGGCGUAUUUGUUUUGAUUACAUGAAUAAAUGUUGUUGUCUAAAA